UUGACCAAUCCUGAAUUGGAGGAAAUUCGUAGUUUCAAAGAAAUCUAUUUCGUUGGACAAAAUGUGGACAAGAACAGCAGAAUUCCAAGCGAUGGAUCAACAACUCAAAAUGGUGGAUAUGAUGACGAGCGUGGAGAUUAUCUGGUGAUCAAUCAUGAUCAUUUGGCAUACCGAUACGAAGUGAUGAGCUUAUUGGGACGUGGAAGUUUCGGACAAGUAUUACAGUGCAAAGAUCACAAGACGGGUAAAUAUGUGGCGAUCAAAUUGAUCCGUAACAAGAGACGCUUCCAUCAUCAAGCUUUGGUAGAAGUGAAAAUUUUGGAGAAUCUGUGUAAAUGGGAUCCAAAUGAAGAGUUCAACGUGAUUCGCAUUCAAGACAGCUUUUACUUCCGUAAUCAUUUGUGCAUUUCGAUGGAGUUGUUAUCGAUCAAUUUGUACGAAUUGAUCAAAGCAAAUAGCUUUGCUGGUUUCAGUACAAAAUUGAUCAGAAGGGUUACCAGUCAAGUCUUACUCAGCUUGAGUCUUUUGCGACGCAACAGGGUCGUUCACUGUGAUUUAAAGCCGGAAAAUAUCUUGCUUAUGCAUCCACGUCGAAGCGCAAUCAAGGUCAUUGAUUUUGGUAGCAGUUGCUUUGAACACGAAAAGGUUUACACAUACAUUCAAUCAAGAUUCUAUCGUUCUCCUGAAGUCAUUCUGGGUAUGAAUUACCACACGGCAAUCGACAUCUGGAGUUUGGGUUGCAUCAUCGCAGAGCUUUACUCAGGGUACCCGCUGUUCCCGGGAGAGAAUGAGCAAGAACAAUUGGCAUGCAUUAUGGAGAUCCUAGGCGUGCCCGACAGGUAUCUGAUCGAUAGAAGUUCACGCAAAAAGCUCUUCUUUGAUUCCACUGGAGCACCACGUCCGGUUGUGAACAGUAAAGGAAAGAGAAGAAGACCGGCAACGAAAUCGUUGAGAUCUGCUUUGAAUUGCGAUGAUGAACUUUUCUUGGACUUUUUGGCCAAAUGUUUACACUGGGAUCCCGAAAGAAGAAUCAAACCUGAUGCAGCAUUGAGACAUCCAUGGAUC